UAAAUAGGAUGAGAAUCCAUUUUUUUCACUUUGAGGACACUCUUUAGGGUCCCAUUCAGAGAUGAAUUUGGUCACAAGGGAGCUGAGAAUCGGGAUAUGGGAUUCCAUCCUGGGUUUUACAUCUGCGUUCAACCUGACUACUUGUCGCAGAGGACCCUCGCUUUAGGUCUGGCUCCUUGCGCCGCCUGGCGGCUACUUCUGGAAACAGAGCGCCUUCCAGCUUCGGGGUCCUGGCUGCGGCCAGGCCUGUCCAAGGAUUUGCCUAAUUCUAGAGAACUUGUCUCCGCCCCUCCCCACUACCCAGUGAGGAUUUUAGGACGGCGAUGAAAGGGCUGAGGUUAAGGCGAAGGGGGCAGCCCGUCCACCCCCUCAAGGAUGAUGGAGUCAGGCGGUUCUCGGACAGCUUGCGACCCGGAAGUCACCGCCGGCGCGAGGUCCCCGUUGCCGAGCGCGGGCGCGCGGGGCGGAGCUUGGCGGAGACGGGGAAGGGGUCGCCGCGGCUGCCGCUCAUCGAGUUGGCGGCUCCCUCGGGGGCCGGUAGGCAGGCGUCGAGUCGGCAGGGCGCGCGGCUGCGGUCCCCGGGUGACAGGCUCAGCAGCGGCCAGUGGCGACAUGAGUGCCGCGGGGCUGUUGGCUCCGGCUCCGGCCCCGGCUGGAGCGCCGCCGGCCCCGGAGUACUACCCGGAGGAGGACGAAGAGCUGGAGAGCGCCGAGGACGACGAGCGCAGCUGCCGGGGCCGAGAGUCCGACGAAGACACUGAGGACGCUAGUGAAACUGACCUGGCAAAGCAUGAUGAAGAAGACUAUGUAGAAAUGAAGGAACAGAUGUAUCAGGAUAAACUGGCUUCUCUCAAGAGACAGUUGCAACAACUUCAGGAAGGUACGUUACAGGAAUAUCAGAAGAGGAUGAAAAAACUAGAUCAGCAGUACAAAGAAAGGAUUCGAAACGCAGAACUCUUCCUCCAGCUGGAAACUGAACAGGUGGAAAGAAACUACAUCAAAGAAAAGAAGGCCGCGGUGAAAGAAUUUGAAGACAAGAAGGUGGAGCUGAAAGAGAACUUGAUUGCUGAGCUGGAAGAGAAGAAGAAAAUGAUCGAAAACGAAAAGCUAACGAUGGAGCUGACUGGAGAUUCUAUGGAAGUGAAACCCAUCAUGACCAGAAAGUUGCGGAGGCGACCAAAUGAUCCUGUCCCCAUCCCAGACAAGAGGAGAAAACCUGCUCCUGCCCAGCUAAACUAUUUGUUAACAGAUGAACAGAUCAUGGAGGAUCUGAGAACGUUAAAUAAGCUUAAGUCACCCAAGAGACCAGCAUCCCCGUCCUCUCCUGAACACUUGCCUGCCACGCCGGCAGAGUCUCCAGCCCAGAGAUUUGAAGCUCGGAUAGAAGAUGGGAAACUGUACUAUGAUAAAAGAUGGUACCACAAGAGCCAAGCCAUCUAUCUGGAGUCAAAGGACAACCAGAAGCUGAGCUGUGUGAUCAGCUCUGUCGGAGCCAAUGAGAUCUGGGUGAGGAAGACCAGUGACAGCACCAAGAUGAGGAUCUAUUUGGGCCAGCUUCAGCGCGGGCUCUUCGUGAUCCGCCGGAGAUCACUCUCUUCCUGCCUGCCUUUCUUGUCAUCUCUGAAGUAAGCAGGGAAGGGUAGGAGCCAUUGAACUGGUUUCUAAAAAUGUAGAUGGAGAGCUGGACACGCUACAUCUUGCUGCUCUCUGGAUGUCGGUGGACCUUUUCAUGUCGUGUCCUGCUGUAGAGCCACUGAAUGAAAGAACACACCAGUUCAAUGUCACCUGCUUCAGACUGUCUGCUCAGCUCCAACCAGCAGCCUGCGUAACCACCAAAGCCAGGGUUUGCAGUCUUUGGAGAGAGGCAGGAAUGAAACCAAUUUCUGGUCUCUUCUGCUAGUGUUAGAGAUGCCCCACAUCUAUCUUUGGUAAAGCUAAGCACCUUCUCUGCUUUUAAAAACACAGUAGAGGAAUGCUCUAGAAACAUGGGCACCAGCUCACUCUCUUUGGACAUAAUGACAUGAUGAGAAAUAUAUUAGCUUUAGGAAUUUUAGUGUUUACCAGAGUAGGUAUUUUUGUGAAUAGCUAUGAUUAUUAAGACGAAAAGAUAUGUAUGUUCAGAAGGAUCCCUGGGGGAGUGAGGGAGACAAGAUACAGCAUAGGUACCUAGACACUUAAUCCCUUUACCCAUUUUCCCUAAUCUGUGUUUGCUCAGUUCUCUGAAAGAUACAGAUCUCUAAAAUGACAAAAUUCACUUUACUGAUACGAGAAGACCAAUAAUCAGAAUCUGAAAGAUUCUCUCCCCUGUUUCUCAAAAGUUGGAGACUCAGCGGUGUGCUCUGUUUUUCUGCAGCCUGAUGCUCCUGUCUGUUGGCAUCACCUGUCUGCCUGCCAAUGGGGUGAAUGGGUGUGGGGUCAAAGUAGGUGAGAUUAGGGGCACGUGGGUGGCUCAGUCGGUUAAAGCAUCUGACUUCGGCUCAGGUCAUGAUCUCAUGGUUCAUGAGUUCCAGCCCCGUGUCGGGCUCUGUGCUGACGGCUCAGAGCCUGGAGCCGCUUCGGAUUCUGUGUUUCCCUCUCUCUCUGCCCCUCCCCCACUCACGCUCUGUCUCUCUCUGUCUCAGAAAUAAAUAAACAUAAAAAUAAACAUUAAAAAAAAAAAAACGUUCCAGAGCCAGCUAGGAAAGCAGUGCUCAUAGAGAAUAAGCAGUUAUUGAAGGUAGGAGUACAGUGGCCUCAGGUUGGCAAGUCCCUGCAUAUAAUUAAGAAUCACUUUUUUUUCCAACAUUGAUUCUUUCGGUAAGUAUUUGAGUGUUUACUGAGAUGCAGUGUGGCAUAGUGGCAGUGUGGCCAAAGCAGAAGAGUUGGAAUCAGUAUUUGAAUCCAGCUUUAACUAGCUGCAAUGUGACUUUAGGCAUAUUGGUUAAAUAACAGGCACAUAGGUUAAAUAGUAAUAUCCACCCCAGAGUGAUUUUGAGGAUCCUAAUAAUGUUAACGUACAUAGCACUUACUAUAUCCUAAGCACUUUACCCAUAUUAACUUACUGAAUCCUUGUAAUGACCCCGUGAGGUAGCCACUAUUACAAAUCCUCACUCUGUAGUUGAAGGAAUUGAGAAACAGAGGUUAAGUACCUUGCCCAAGGUCACGUAGCUAGUAAAUGGUGAGCCAGGAUUCUGAGCCCAGUUUCUCCAGAGCCCUUGCUCUCAUUCACCAUACUCUGCUUUGAGGGGGACAUAACACAGGGCUGGAUUCAGGGAGUGCCCAGUCUCUGGAAACUGUCCCCUCCAUUGUCACUACUGCUGCCCUCUAUCUGUCUCUGUCUUUGGAUGUUAAUCUGCCAAAUCCUGUGAGACCAGAAGGUAGUUUAGUCCAAGAGACAAUGAAGAUAAAGUUGGCAGCUUCAGAGAUCAUGGUAAGCGUCACUUCCUGCAAGUGGGUUGGAAUGAAUGCCCAGCGCAUUGGGUUGAGAAGGAUUCUGAAGCCCAAGUUGGGCAGAAUGGGAGGAGUGGCUUAAUCAAUUAGUUUUGUUUGCUGAUUUAGUUUGACCCCUUAUUUUGAAGAUGAAAACAUCUAAGGCCCAGAGAUGAUAAAUGAUGUGCCCAAGUUCAUAUGGCCAGCUAUAGGCAGAGAGGUGGUGGGGGUCCUGUACUCUGGUAUGGCCACUCAUUAACCCGGGGAUUUUUACUUAAUGGCUUGAUAGUUAGGGCACAGUCAUCCUAUUGUGCCUCGGACUUUUCUGGUUUUAGUAUUGAUAAUCUUGCAUCCCAGGAACUGUCUCAGACCCAGGCAAACCGAGACAGUUGGUCACCCUGCUCAGUUUCCUCCUCUGUAAAGUGGGGAUAAGAAUUGGCAUUUUUCCAUGGAUUAAGUGAUUUCUCAUAGAUUAGAUAAAGCACUCGGAAGUAGUGUUUGGGACGUAGUAAGUCCUCAAUACGUGUUGGUGAUUUAUUGUUGUUCUUGUGUUCAUUAUUAUUGGAACAGAGGGUUCCAGCCCCAAAAUGAGAUCCUGGAGAACUUCACAAUCAUCCCAGCCAAGACAGGGGACCUUGCCAGGAUCAUCUGGUCACCUGGAGCUGACUGUUGGGGAUGUUUUUUCUUCUACUUGAAAUGGUAGUAAACUAUCAUGAGCUCGAGGAUUGACAUUAGUGCAUUCAAUCCACAUGCUGUUCAUGGAGUAUUGCAUGUUAGGUAGUCUAGGUUCUUUGGGGGGGAUUUAGAGAUAAAUAAAAGCAUGGUUCCCUUCCUCUGGGACAGUGAGGAUGGGCAGCUGUGCUUGUCAGUAAUUCUGGUUCAGUGGGAUAGGAGCUACAUUCGAGGCCUGGAGAAAACUGUACAGAGAAAAUACUAGCAGUUGACAUUUAUCGGGCAGGUGGUUGAACACUUCACGUGCAUUAUCUCAUUAAUUGUUUGUUGUCUGUGAAUUUAUUGUUACGCAUCUGGGGUUUACAGACUGGGAAACUGAGGUUUAGAAAGAGUAAGAAACUUGCCUCAAGUUCACGCAGCAUGAUUCCAAAGCAGGUCUUGCUGACCCAGAGUCUGAAUUUUCAUGAAGCAGGAAUGCUUUACAAUUACUUCGGAAAGAAAAGAAAAUUUGAGCUUGGCCUGAAAACUGAGGCAGGCCUUAAGCAGUGUCCAUGGCCAGGAAUGGGAACUGCAUACAGAGGAAAUGGCUCGGUUGAAAGCGGAGUAGGGGGUGGGACAUGUUUAAAAAGUCAAAUGAGAGUGUGUGCUGAACAGUAACUGUGGACGAAUGGGCUUUGAACUUUAAAAUCUGUUUUGUUUUUUCCCAGACCCGUACCUUUUUGUCCUUCCACACUUUAGGUUCACCUUCCUUUCCUUCCUGCCUCUGUCCUUUUCUCCCUUCCCCUGGCCCACCCUGUUCCCUCCUCCUCCCCCCUUUUAUAUCGCCAGUGCGGUGGCUCGUGGCAGUCUUGGAGUGACGCUUUCCAAUUUCACACUUACAUGCUCCUGAAAGUAUUCGUAAACUAACUCAUAUGUAAAACCAAUAAAGGGCAACAGCACACAUUCCUGUUAGGCAGUAA